UUUUGAUUGGCAAGUUGUUUGUUUCACUGUUACCAGCUGCUGGACGAUUCCAAUCCCUGUCGGAGAGAAAACACGCGGACCGACAGUCCUUCUCAAUUUUCUUCCUCCCUGUUUACCUCAUUGUGCUUUCUUUUAUUUCACCCUGCUUCUGUCUUGCUCUCUUUUACUCUUUUCCUAAGUGGAUAACUUUUUCUUCUCCCUCCUUUGUUUUCUGCUCAGUUUCACGGUUUUGAUACGCUCUAGCUAUAUAGCAUAGGUAUAUUUAUUUAUUUUUAUUAGAAAGGAUAUCAUUUUUUAAUUUUUUUUUUUAGAUAUUCGUCAAAUGAGAAGACGCAAAAGAUGGAGUUGCAUAUUUUAGAACACAGUUUGAAAGUAGCGAGUAUAGCAAAAGAGGGCAUUCAGAUUUGCACUCAUGGAUUAAUCAAACUCGCCUUCUUGCCCUCUAAAACAAGAUGCAAAUUUUUCAGUUUGACGGAAACUCCGGAGGACUAUACCCUUAUCGUCGACGAGGAAGGCUUCAAAGAACUGCCUGAGUCGGAGCACCUUAGUGUCGCCGAAGCCACGUGGUUGGCUCUCAAUGUGGUGUCGGGGGGUGGGAGCACCACCAACUCUCAGCCAAUCGGAGUCACCAAAAUAGCCAAGUCUGUCAUCGCCCCCUUGGCAGACCACAACAUCUCUGUGUUUAUGCUGUCUACCUAUCAGACGGAUUUCAUCCUGGUUCGAGAGCGGGACCUGCCCAUGGUCAUGCACACCCUGUCUUCUGAGUUCACCCUGAUGAGGGUGGUCAACGGAGAGACCGUAGCCGCCAACAGCCUAGGAGUCACCAACGGCUUUGUCAAGCCUAAACUUGUGCCCCGUCCCAUCAUCCACCCUCUGUCCAGCCCCAGUAACAUGUUCUGUGUGACCAGCCUGGACCCGGACACAUUGCCCUCGGUGGCCACCCUGCUCAUGGACGUCAUGUUCUACUCAGGCGGGAUAAAGGAGCCUGGGGCAUCUAGUGAGGACACUGGACACAUCCGCUUCUUCUCUUUCUCUCUGAUUGAGGGCUACAUCUCUCUCGUCAUGGACGAGCAGACGACACAGCGGUUUCCCAACAAUGUCCUCUUCACUAGUGCUUCAGGGGAGCUUUGGAAAAUGGUUCGCAUUGGAGGACAGCCUUUAGGAUUUGACGAGUGUGGUAUCGUGGCUCAAAUAUCGGAACCCCUGGCGACUGCUGACAUUCCAGCUUAUUACAUCAGUACCUUCAAGUUUGACCAUGCCCUGGUCCCAGAAGAAAACAUCCAGAGUGUGAUUGGAGCUUUGAGGACCAAUGAGAGCGCAGGACAGUGAAGGCGAGGUGGAAAGAGACCGUGGAACGAGCAAUUUAUUAUGUCAAACUCUUACAAAAAAAAAGUGCCAAGAGGGUAAUGCAAAGCUUGAGUCGUGUAGACGGACGACUGUGUGUGCGUGUGUGCGUGUGUAGACAUGCUUUGUACAACGACCAGCAAUGUGUCCCUCCUAUUCUGAGAUGGUUCCAACUACACUCCAAGCCACUCCCUUGAGCAUCCACUCUUACCCCAACCAACAUCCACCUCUUUGGGGACCCAAAGCAAGAGUGACUACAGUGUUUUUCUUUUCUCUCGCUCUAUUUCUUUCUCCUCUUCCUUCCCCUCAGACCAUUUCACCAUGGCAACGUGACCUACCGAAUUUGGGCCUAUUUCUUCGACACCAGCCCCUGAGAUACUGCAAAGCGGCCCUCACCUCCUUUUACUCUUCAUGUGUCACCCACGCGGUCCAUGACUGCCUAUAGUGAUAGGUGUUGCUUUAGUAUACCAGACUUUCCUUCCUAACUUUACAUUGUUUUUCCAUAACCAUCAUACUGUAUUAGUUACCAGUCCUCUUAUGGAAAGAAAGAGAAUGUACUUUACAAACAAUUAUCAAUAUUUCCAUUCUUUGUAUUUAUUUUUCUCAGUGCCAAGAGGUUUUGAAGGCCUUGACCGAUGCCUUGUCUAAUGCUCAGCGUGUGUGCAAUUUCAGAUCAGAUUUUGUCAGAUGGGGAAAUGAGACUGGUGAAUGUUGCUCUGUUCUGGUGAUGAGCGUGAAAUGACAUUUACUGACGAAUCGCAGAGCCACUGAUCUAUAGAACAUAUCAUAUAAAUAGUCUAGUCUAUAUAUAUGCCAAUUUUCAUGUAGUUUCAGGAGAACUAGGUUAUCGUUUUGCGUUGAGUGCCACACCAUGCCUGACUCCAAACCAGUCCUUUACCACAAACUAGAAUAAUAACUUCAACGCUAGUAAAGCCAGCGUGGUGAAGUGGUAGGGGCCUUGUCAUUUAUUCUGUUGUGAAUGUUUUUUGUGGUCGUGGCUCAUUGAACCAGCCCUGCAACCCUGUUGUCAGUUUAGGCAAUCAUCCCCCACCCCAGUCUGCACUUUAAUACAGGUCCAUCUUACUGACCUGCUAUACUGAUGUGAAAACAGGGGAAGGCUUAUUUUAUCCUUGAAGGAUUUCUUGAUAAGUAGACUUUUGUUGGUCUUAAACCAUUGGUGGGUAUUAUAUUCUCUGUCAAGCAAAAGCUUUCUUCGGUUAGCUUUGAUAUACAGAAACCAUGUAUUUAUCAGUGUUAACAUAAAGGGUGACAUUUCUUCUGAUAAAGAAAGUUAUUUGUU